CAAUUUUAGUAAUGUAGAAUCUAUGGGUGUUGAGGGGCUUGUUUACAGUAGUGGACAUAGAGGACGUCAAGCUGAGGGACUAUGGCUGAGCCAUGAAGAGAAGGAAAUUCGUCCAUUGUAUCGAAAAUUGAGGAAGACUUUGGCUUUAAACCCAGCCAUGGGCGAGGAUUUUUUGGUUUGUUUAAUGAGCUUAAAUUUCUAG